AUUAGUUGUCUUUCUCUCUCCUUCCCUCCAAAGGACUCUCUCUGUAUUUUCAUAAUCAAUCCAUCUCUCGCUCUGCCGUCUCUCUCUCCAUUUUCCUUUUUCUGCAAUUUUGGCAACUAUCCUUCAUGGCAUCUGGCAAAAAGGGUAAGCCGUUGCCAAAAUUUGGUGAGUGGGACGUGAACAACCCUGCCUCGGCUGAUGGAUUUACGGCCAUCUUUGCCAAGGCUAGGGAUGAAAAGAAGGGCAAGAACACCGGCGGAGGCCCUGGCCAGUCCAACAAGGAACCGGCUCGGUCGCGAUCACGGUCGUCGACCCAAUCCACCCAAUCUUAUGAACCUAACAAGAAAAAGUGGCUUUGCUGUUUCUCAUAAAUUGUGAAUGCCAUAUUGCCUACAAAUGGAAUAGGAAACUUUCUUUGGAGAGCUUGGGCUGAGCAGAUAAUUAAAUUAAGGGCAGACACAUAGAUAUAUUAUUGUUAGGAUGUUAUGUCUAUUAUCAGAUCAUCAUCAUACAUGUAACAUGUUAUUUACAAUGAGUAUCGAGUAGUUUCAUCGUGAUUUGUACAUCUUCCACCUUUUGAGUUAGGGAAUUGCGACAAAUUGAGAUGUCUCUCUCCAUCUAUUGUCUCAUAGAAUACGAUUAGUAUUUUUCAUGAAUCAACCAUGUAAGUUGAAUGAAAUAAUUGUUUACUUGCCUAUCUUUCAAA